UGAAUGGUCCUGUCCAGGCUGUCCUACAGUCCAACUGGACUGAUUAAUAUAGUGAGGUUUACUUCGUAUUGAACUCGGAGCACUUCAAAGCACUUCUUGCUCCCUCUGCACAAAAGCCUUCAUCCCUAAACUCGGAGCACAGAGUUUGGGUCACAAAACGCUGGAAUGAAGACAACUAUGGAGUGGGUAUGAGAGGGCUGGUUGCUAAACUUAAAAAGUUUGAAUCUGAUCUUAGAAUAUGGGGGAAAAUGUUUUUUGGAAUUCUUUUAUGAGUAUAUAAAGUUCUGUGAAGAUGAAGUGAUGAAAGCUGAAAACCUGUUUGAAGAAGAUCCCUCGGAAGCUAAUAGAGAAAGCUGGUCACAUAAACAGGCUCUUCUUCUACAAAAAUAUAGCCUUGAAAGAAAACUCUGGAAACAAAAGGCCCAUAUUACAAACUCCAAGUACUACCAUUCUUUUGUCAAAAUCAGAAGAAGGAAGCAGCAGAUUAACAAUAUUGUGGACAGCCAGAGUAAAAGUUGUUCUUCUUUGCCUGAUAUUUGUAAAGUGUUCAAUUUUAUUCUCAUCUCUAUGGAACUGGUGAAGAAAUCAGAACUGGGGAUAUGUUGGAAAAUAUACCCUAUUGUAUCACUCUCGUGAGACACCCACAUAAUAAUUUAGAUAUAAUUAUAUAUUUGAAAAUAUUUAAAAAAUAUGAUUGUGUUAA